AUGUCUCUUUACUCUCUCGACGAUACAAUCAGCCAAUUUUUCGCCAACUGCACUGUCACGCGCGAAAAAUGCAACCAAAAGGCUGUCGAACUUGCCGGCGAGGCUGUGAAGCCCGUUUGGCUUCAAGGGGCGUUCAGUUACACGGUGGCGACUGAAAAGCUGCUCGUGCAGUUCCGCGUGCCAGAGUCUCUCUUGGAUACCAAGAUAUUGGAUCUUGCUCGGAAAAUCCACGGCAGAUUUGUACCGGUGUGUUUAAGGAGUAGUGUUUUCGGGUCGCUCGCGGUGUAUGUGAUGGAAAAGGUUCCCGGAGUAACUUUUAUUGAGGCGCCAUCGACUAGCUCUCACAACUCUUCAUGGCAAGAGAAAACAGUGUCUGAUUUUGCCAGGUUUUUCGCAGAGUCAUGGCGAAACCGGCUUGCAGAGCCAUACCGCACCGAGCACUCCUUGGUCGAUAUUCGAGACAAGCUUGACAAACUAUCCCAGCAGCUUCCUCCGCGGUUUACCAGCGUCAUCUCCAAUAUAAGCAAAGAACUAGAUGCAAUAUUUGUACCGAGUUAUCCACUGGUUCUAAGUCAUGGCGACCUUUGUGAAAUGAAUAUCAUGGUCGAUUCCGAAGCCGGCGGUAUUACCGGGAUUAUUGAUUGGGCAGAAGCAAAAGUUUUACCGUUUGGAAUGUCUCUCUGGGGGGUUUUGAACAUGUUUGGUUUUAUGAACUGCCAGGGUUGGCAUUAUCAUGAAAACUCGUCCCGGCUUGAAAGUCUUUUCUGGGAAGUAUUCAACCGGAAUGCGGGAGAAAUCUCGCCUAAUGAGAAGAGGGCUAUAAAAAUCGCAGAAAGGGCUGGAUUGGUUCUCCGUUAUGGUUUUACCUGGGAUAAUGGAGUGCGCGAGAGGCCUGUGACGGAGCGAGAUGCUUCGUUUCGAUACUUGGAUGCAUUCUUUUCCCGUCUAAAAAGCUGA